AUGCGCCAACAAGCUGCAGGACAGCGAAGUCGACGCCAGACUGCCCCGUCGGGCCGGGCUCUGGAACAGAAGGUCAAGGAGGCUACGGAACUCGAGACAAUCCCGGAUGGUGUGGACUCAAUUACUGAUGUUCGCAACGAGCUGGAGUUUGCGCAAUGGUACAAUGAAGUAGAGGAGAGCAUGUUGGAAGCUAGCUACGAUGAAUACCAAGCUUGCCUCCAGGAGCUUCAAAUGUCCAAGUCCCAUCUCGAUUCCUUGUUAACCGAUACUUCGUCAACCCUCGACCUUUUGACUAGCCUCUCGAACGACUUCAGAGCCGUGGAAUCACAGACCUCCCAAUUCCGGAAACAAUGUGAGGGGCUACUCUCUGCGCAGAAGCAUGACUCCGAUUUGGCGGAGGAUAUUCAGGAGAACCUCCAGUACUAUGACUUUCUAGACCCUGCGUCGAGGAGACUGAAUGCCCCCGGGGCUGGGAAUACGGUCCGUGGGAAGGAAUUCUCGGAUAUGCUACGACGGCUUGACGAAUGCCUGGAUUACAUGGAGACACAUCUAACGCUCCCUGUUGCGCAGCCCGAUCACAAAGAGGCCGGCGUAUACCGCUCCAGGUACCGUUUGCUCAUGACUCGCGCCCUCACCUUGAUCCGAACCCACUUUGUGUCCUCCCUCCGAGAUGUAUACGCCGAUGCGUCGAAGAAGAUCGCAGAUAAGCAGCUCAACGAUACAACCAUGUCCACUCUGCUCUACGCCAAAUUCAGAGUCGGCGCACCAGAACUGAAGCAGAUCGGACUCGAGAUUCAGAAGAGAGCCGUCCCGCCUCUAGAUCCCGACCAGGGCACCGAAGCCGAAUACCAAAGCUUGCUGAACGAGCUUCAUGCGAACUAUGCAGCCACACGCGGGAAACUGAUCAUCCCACUCGUAUACAAGAACCUCAACGACCUUGCACAGUCUCCAACAUCAUCUCAGGAUCUUGUCUCUUUUGCCCGCGCCAGCAUCAGCUACAUCCGCGGCGUAUGCCUCGACGAGUUCGAACUAUGGGGCGAAUGGUUUCACGGCCACGGCGGACUCUACGACUUCCUGGAAACAAUCUGCGAACCGCUCUACGACCACCUCCGACCACGAAUCAUUCAUGAAGACAAGAUCGUCAAGCUCUGUCAGCUCUGCACCCUCCUGCAAACCCGAUACCUGCUCGACCAGGACGAGGAAAUCGAGCAACAAAUAGACGCCAACCAGCUCGACUUCCCAGCGCUGAUACAACCCGCGCUCGAAGACGUCCAAACCCGCCUCGUCUUCCGCGCGCAGGCCUUCCUCCGCGACGAGAUCGAGCGCUACAAGCCUCGCCCCGAAGACCUAGACUACCCAGCACGCAACAAGCAAUUCUCCAUAUCCGUCACCGAAGGCCAGAUCAGCGGCCGCAAGAUCACCUCUACAGACCCCACCACCACGACGCUCCCGAACCGUCCUAAACCCACAACCAAGCUCAGCAGUGACAGCGACCCAGCAUCAACAACCCCAGAAGACACCACCGCCACGACAAAAUGGGACCUCGAGUCCCCGACAACCCAAGACCAAAGCGGAUGGUACCCGACCCUCCGCAAAGCCAUCUGGCUCCUCAGCCGGAUCUACCGACUCGUCAACGUACAUACCCUCUCCCUUCCCCUCCCCAUCCUAAAUUACCCCCCAACUAACACAAUGAUAUUUGAAAAACAGUCCACCGUCUUCGACGACCUCGCGCACCAAAUCGUCCACCAAACCACCACCUCCCUACACAGCGCGAGCACUCUCCUAUCGACAAAAACCACCCCCACCGACGCCCACCUCUUCCUCCUCAGCCACCUCCUCCUACUAAAACAACAAAUCGUCGCCUUCGACAUCGAAUACACCACCCCGGAAACAACCCUCGAUUUCUCCGCCAUGACAUCCACCUUCUACGAACUCCGCUCACGCGGGGGUCUCUUCAACCCGCGCAACCUCUUCAAAUUAGUAGGCCAUGGCCUCCUCCCCCGCGUCGUGGAGAACAUGCUCGACGCGAAGGUCGAGCUAGAUGGACGGCUCCGCACGGUCAUUAAUGAAUUCAUUAAUGAGUUUGCGGCCGGGAAGAUGACGGCUUCAUUGCCGGCUAGGAGUUCCUCUAUGGUAGGGCUGGGGGAGGUUAUGGGUCCGUUGUGCGGGAAUGUGGAGAGGGAAGUGGGGAGUUUGAGGAAGGUGUUGGGGGAGUAUUUGGAUGAUGGGCGGAUGAGGGAGACGCUGGUGGGCGCGGUGCAGGAUCGGGUUAUUCAGAUUUACGAGGAGUUUUGGGAGAUGUAUGUUGAUGCGGAACGGAGGAGGGGGAAUAUCGUGAGUAAGAAGGGGAAAGGGAGGGAGGAUGAGGUUUGGGAUGUGGAUACGUUUGCGGAGUGGUGUGAGGGGGUGUUUAGGGUUGGGUUUGUUGGGUUGGGGAGGGAGGAUGACGGUGAGGGGAGUAUGAGUGGGAGUGGGAGCGUGAGGUCUUGA